UUCGACACAUUACCUCGCAAAAGCCCAUCUGACUCGCAUGAACCCUUUCUAAAAUUCUUCCCUCUCUUUUGUUUUUCUUGCUCACACAUCCAAUACACUCUACCCACAAAAAGCAAACAAUCAGUGCACAUACCCAAAAAAAAAGGAAUACAUAUCAGUCAAAAAUUAAUAAAGCAGAAAGAAAUGGAGGACAUAGAAGCACAAACGACUACGAAUGAACAGCCCGAAGAUUUCGUUUCCAUCUUCGAGAAAACCAAUCGCCCUCUUACUUUGAAGUUUGAAGAUGUGAUCUACAAAGUUGUAUCCAAUAAAAGAGGUACAUUAUGUCAAAAGGGUUUAAAACAAGAAGAAAAGAUGAUAUUAAAGGGAGUUACAGGCACUGUUCUACCUGGAGAAAUGCUAGCCAUGUUAGGGCCUUCAGGAAGUGGGAAAACAACACUAUUGACUGCAUUAGGAGGCAAACUUGGUGGUCAACUUGGGGGAGUUAUAACUUACAAUGGCAAACCCUUUUCUAAUGCUGUGAAGAGAAAUACUGGUUUUGUUACUCAAGAUGAUGUUCUUUAUCCUCACUUGACUGUGACAGAAACCCUAGUUUUCACCGCUCUUCUCAGAUUACCUAAUAGUUUAACAAAAGAAGAGAAAGUUAUGCAUGCAGAGGCUGUUAUUACUCAAUUAGGUUUAGUUAGGUGCAAAAAUUGUAUAGUCGGAGAUACAUUUUUGAGAGGAGUUUCAGGUGGUGAGAGAAAAAGGGUUAGUAUAGGUCAAGAAAUGCUAAUAAAUCCCAGUUUGCUUUUCUUGGAUGAACCAACUUCUGGUCUCGAUUCCACAACUGCUCAAAGAAUUGUGUCUACUGUUUGGGAACUAGCAAGAGGAGGAAGAACAAUUGUUAUGACUAUACAUCAGCCAUCAAGUAGGCUUUUUUAUAUGUUUGAUAAGGUUUUAUUGUUAUCAGAAGGGAAUCCGCUUUACUUUGGCAAAGGAUUAGAAGUUAUGGAUUACUUUUCUAGUAUUGGCUAUACUCCUUCAUUUGCCAUGAAUCCUUCAGAUUUUCUUUUGGAUCUUGCAAAUGGCGUAUCACCUUCUAGUGAUUCAUGCGAGAACCAAGCUGAAGUCAAGCAGACUCUAUUUUCGGCCUAUAAGAACAAUCUUGCUAACAAGUUGAAGGCAGAGGUUGAAGCCAUUGAUAAUAAUCAACUUCAGGAUGGAUUAAAUGAUAAGAAAUUCACAGAAUGGGCCACAACUUGGGUGCAACAGUUUACGAUAUUAUUUAGAAGAGGAAUAAAAGAAAGGAAGCACGAGUCCUUCUCUGGUCUCAAGAUUGGACAGAUCCUAGUAGUAGCUUUCCUUUCAGGUUUACUAUGGUGGAAUUGUUCCCAGUUGCAAGAUCAGAUUGGGCUGCUUUUCUUUUACUCGGGUUUCUGGGGUUUCUUCCCAUUAUUUGAAGCAAUUUUCACGUUCCCUCAAGAACGAAGAAUGCUCGCGAAAGAACGAUCUUCAGGCACAUAUAGACUAUCCUCAUAUUUCAUGUCAAGACUGGUUAGUGAUCUUCCAAUGGAGUUAGUCCUUCCAACUGUAUUUAUUACCAUAACUUAUUGGAUGGCAGGGCUUAAACCCACACCACAGAAUUUCUUCUAUACCUUAUUUGUUCUUCUCUAUAGUGUUUUAGUAUCACAAGGCCUAGGCCUUGCUCUUGGUGCAGCAGUAAUGGAUCAAAAAAAAGCUACCACAUUAGGAUCAGUAAUUAUGCUAUCAUUUUUAUUAGCCGGUGGGUAUUAUGUACAACAUGUCCCUUCUUUCAUUGCAUGGAUUAAGUACUUAUCUAUCAGCCAAUACACAUAUAAGCUAUUGGUGGGUUCUCAAUAUAAGGCUAAUGAGACAUACCCAUGUGGUGAAAGUGUUUGUUUAGUUGGGGAUUUUCCUUUAGUGAAGACAGUAGGUCUUGAUGGGCAAAUUGUAUCUGCUGUUGCUUUAGGUAUUAUGCUUUUGGGUUAUAGGCUUAUUGCUUAUCUUGCUCUUAUGAGGGUUGGAGUAGUUAAAAAGCAGAGUUGAAAUCAGUUUUUAGGUCUCUCUAUCUCUACAAUUGAUGCUCAUAAGAUGAAAGAUUGAGCUUGUUAUAGAAUAGGGUCCCCAAGAAUUAUCAAGAUGCAAACAUUGUACUAACAAAUCACAGGAACAGUUUUUGCUCUUUUUUAUUUUGUAUCAAUGUAAUCAGUUUUUGCUUGUGUUUUUAAUGGGCUGUAUCCUGUGCCAAUUUGACACAUCUAGGCCCAAAUAAGUAGUUCAUUUAGGGCCCAAAAUUUUAUAGACAUGUCUCUGAG